AUAUAUGUAUUAGGUCGUGUGUUUCAAAAAGUAGUCUAUUUGCACGGCUAACGUCAAGCACAGGCAAACAAAAAUAAGUGUAUUUUAAAUUACGUGCAUGUUAUUUUGAUAAAAAAUUACCAUUUCCAUAAUUAGUAGUUUAUUGUAAAGUACAAUACAUAAAAGUUACCCCCGCAGUGCGACUUGUGCCCUUUUCCCUGGCAGUGCAUCAAACAGUCAAAUCAAUGUUUUUUGAUUUAAUUGAAAUAAACAUUUCCACUAGAACCGUGUGUAGAAUAGUACUCGUCACUUUAGUGUUGCUUUGCUGGUACCACGUUGUGCUUGUAGACAGGCACUUCAGGAACCCAUAUUUCUGCGGUGAAUUUUAAUUGCACUAUUAAAAUGCCCUUUAGUGCAGACGCAAUCGCAGCGCAAAAAGUUCAGGAGCACUUGAAGUCGCUCUAUCACACGGUUCAUGAGAUUGAGAAGAAACGCCAACAGAGUGAACAAGGAAUAAACAACAUUGUUAAGUUUCAAAAUGGGCAAGACGAGAAGUCCAGCCAACAUUAUCAGAUGAAGCUAAAGAGCCUCUACAAGUCCUCAAUUUCGCACGCCGAGCAAGAGGAGGAUUUGCUCCGUCAAGCUCUUCAAAAAAUUGCGGAAAUCCGCAACAUUAAGAACGAACGGAGAAUUCAAACGAGACAUGCUGGAAACAAAGAAUCGAUUCGUAGGGGCACUUGGAUGAAGAUGUUAAUGAGUUCGGCACAAACAUUGCCCCUUUUCGUCGGUAAAAUAGACGAAAAACCUCCUGCUCUCUGUGGUGCCACACCUGCUGACUCUGGCUAUGUGGCAAAAGUGGGCGAUAUGGUGGCUGCUUUGGUUAAAAUUCCUGAUGGAGAUGGCGAAAACUGGAUAUUGGCUGAAGUGUACAGUUAUAAUCACGCCUCAAAUAAGUACGAAGUUGAUGAUAUUUUGGCGGAGCAGAAUCAGAAACGGCGACAUACUUUGAGCAAGAGAAAUGUGGUACCGUUACCCCUAAUGCGGGCUAAUCCCGAGACUGAUCCAACGGCCUUGUUUCCACAAGGAACUGUCGUUAUGGCUCUAUACCCAACUACGAGUUGCUUCUAUAAAGGCAUUGUGAACAAGCCUCCCGCAACACAUACUGAUGAAUAUGAGAUUUUGUUUGAAGACGCUGCGUAUCCUGAAGGCUACAGCCCGCCCCUGUAUGUGGCCCAACGCUACGUCAUUGCCAUAAAACAGAAGACAAAGCAAGCCUGACAUUAUCUUUCAGACACUAUGUCUGAUUCUGAAGCUUCAAGUUUUAUGGAAUAAUUUAUUGGGUAGUAAACAUUCGAGAAACUUUCA